AUGUUUCUAAUCAAGAAUGAUGCUGAUGCAAAACAAAUAUUUAAUGAACUGGAUGAAGUAGUGGUUUAUAAAAUACUUAAUAUAACGAAACCAACACGGGCAAGUGUGUGUUUCAGUGUUUGUAUUUCUAAUACAAAAUGGCUUGAUACUGUUUCUUCUUCGCAUAUUAUAUCAGGUAGUGAAGGUUUUAGCGAUGCUAUUAUUAAUUUUGAUCCGAAUGACAUUGAUGAGAUGAAGAUUUUGUGGCAAUUUAUAAAAGAUUUUGGAACAGGUUAUGAAAAUAAUCAUAUUAUUAUAGAUAAAUUGGUUGGAAUUCAUGAAACCCCCCAAAUUCUAUUGCCUUGGAUAUUAUAG